UUUCUCAUUCUAUCCCUCAACUCCUUUCAACACCAGAAAGAGUAUCAGCUGGGUCUUUCAGACUUCCCUUUCUUCACCAUGGUGGGACAGCCGACGGUGACCAAACCUAGCCGGAGCGAUGAGGUGGUAGAUGCAGAUCAGCAACAACAGAUCACCAACCAGGUCAGAGCCCACUUCGAGUCCCUGGCACCCAACCGACCCACCAAGCCCAAUAGAAGCGAAUCGGAUUCUACAUCCACCCCACCAAUAACAUCCUACGUCCCUGAUCAACACGGCUUCGCUGUCCCGGAGCUGGACAAGCUUAGAUCUCUUCAAUCUCAAUCUCAUGCAACUUUAUUUGGCACGAGCCCAGUGGUGCAAGAAGAGUUCAUGGAGACCCAUUACUAUGAAGAAUUGGAUUCCGUUGACAAACAGCACCAUAAGACGGGAAGCGGUUUCAUAAAGGUGGCGAGCGAGAUCAACGGAAAUGAUUAUGAUCUUCGGCUGGAGAAUAAUCACGGAGGAAUUAGAGAGGUGGUUUUCAAAACCAACCCGGCAACGAACGAGUGGAUUCCCAGCCUUGAUAACCAUCAGGUUGCAUGCAAGUCUUCCAAACCCGACCGGAGUGAGAGCUCUUAGAUGGUCUUGGAUUGGUAUCUGCCGUUGGAUUCAUCUUUUCACCCUGUUUAUGAUAAUAUUCAUCUGCAAUUCAGAUUAUUGCUAUUAUUAUAUACUACUA